CGCCCAUGCACUGGUGACGACAAUAGUUCCCAAUGGCUGGGCCAGAGGCUGCACAAUCUUCAGGGAGCUUCACUGCCGAUUUGAUUGAUUCCCACAAUCAAACAGGCCAGGAGUUGCGCAGUAAAAUAGGAGCCAAUGGGAAGGCAGCUCUGAUGGUGCGUUUGUUUGGGGGCCUGGGUCCCGCCUUUCUUCCCUUCCCGCCCUAUCCCUUUUCUUCCCUCACACAGUCACAAACUCGCACCAUCGAGCUUUUCGACCGCUACAACAACCACAACAUCAAACCAUUACACAUCAACACAUCCCUCUACUUGUAAGAUGCCCUCAUCGAAGCUCGACAACUCCGCCGUCACCCGCGACCGCACACUGACUGACUUGCCCUUCACAGCAACCACCCACUCUCACCACCCAACACCCGCCAUCAUGUCUGAGGCUUCCGGCGCCCCAAACGGUGACAGCGAGUUGUUCAACAUGCGCGAGCAGAAGCUCAUCCUCGCCGCUAUGGGCUCCCUCAAGAGUGGCCCACCAGACAUUGACAUGGACACCUUCAUGAAGCUUGGUGGCUUCAAUACGAAGAAGACCGCCCAGAACCAGUGGGGCGCACUCAAGAAGAAGCUGGCCGCCAACAAUCCUGACAGCGAGGAGGGCGCUGCUGCCAAGACUCCGAAGACGCCAUCAAAGACGCCCUCCAAGAAGCGCACUAAGAAGGAUGCCGACGACGAGGACGGCGCCGACGGCGGCGAGGGCACGUCUUCGAAGAAGGCGAAGACGCCAGGCAAGAAGAACGCUGUCGACGGCGACGGCUCUCUAACCAAGAAGGCUCCGGCCGAGCCACGCAAGAAGAAGGCUGCUGUCAACGGCGAGGAGAACGGCACUGAGGAGGCUCCCGUCAAGUCCGAGGCCGCCGCCGACGGCGAGGAGGACGCUCCUGGCGAGGAGGAGUAGGUCUCUGUCGCCUCUCCUUCCUUUCUUCCUUCCCUCCCCUCCGGCCACUCCAUCAACGCUCCUUGGCGCAUCGCGAGUAGAUAGAUUGCUGGUGGACGAGACAUCUUGCGCGUGCUAUGAGCACUGAAAUGAGCUGAGAAUUGGCUACGAAAAGUAUAUGACUCUGAGGACACGAUACGCAUUCCAGCAAGCGUGGUCUUGAUUGGGUGCUACGAGGAAGUGUCAGAUGCUAGAAUAGCUACGAAAUGAACGAGAAAUUACGAGAAAAUUCCUUCAGUUGUGUGUCAUUG